AAUAUUCAUUGGCAACAUUUUACAGCAAAUGUUAAAAUGUUUAUAAAAUCAUUAAAUAUUGAAUUAAACUAAAUUCGAGUUUCAUUUUUAUUUAAAAUGGAACUCAUAUAUUCGAUGAGUCGGCCGCCUUUAAGAUACGAACCGCCACAUUACGAGAAUCAUGCAGAUCCAGACACAGUGAAGCCGAUUUGCACGAUAUCAUCGUGUAAUAUUAUUGCUUUUUCAUCAGCAACAGAGGUACUAGACGUGUGUGGUAGCACGUGGAGUGGUCACGUCUAUGUUUGUGACAUAGACACACCAUGGGAAAGUUAUAAAGUGGCCAACACUACUCAUCCUGUGACCGCUCUGGAAUGGGACGCAGAAGGGAAGCUGUUGCUUGUAGGGACAGUAGUUGGUGAUGUGUCUGUUUUUGCUCAGUAUGAUUAUUUGCUUAAUCAUUGGACUCCUCUCUAUUCUGCCAGCUUUCCAGGUGAAAACAUAAUAAAAGCUGUAUUUUUCCACAAUGGUAGAAAAGUUAUUGCACUUGAGAAGAAACCUGAUACACCAAUCAGUGAUAGAAUACAAAUGAUACGAUCGGUACCAACUCUGAAAGGCUUCGGUGGUAUAGCAUGCGAAGGAGCUUGUAUAAUAACGGCUACGGGGUUAGUGGGUGCGUUGACCCCCGCCCCGGAUUCCAACAUGGCCCUCGUCGCUUCAGACUGCCUCCGCUCACCCAGGGAUCACAUCGCUACUGCCUCAUUUGCACAUAAGAACGGCAGUAUCCUGAUAGCGGCGGCGUGGCGCGGCAACGGGAAGCGCGGGGUGCGGUGCGCGGCGUGCGCUGUAUUCCGCCCCCCCGGCGCACGCGCAGUCCCCGUACAAAUCACCUUACAACCCCUACCUACGGUAUAUCUACUCGACAGUGAUUCUGUGUCCAUAACAUGGUGUCUCCGGGAGGAUACAGAUUCGUUACUGAUCGCUGGCUCAACUCUCACCUUGUGGAAGUUGACAGAGCGCUCCUAUCCUGUACAUAAAUUGCUCUGUAAAGGUCCUGUCCAAGGUAACACUACACCCGGCGGAGGUCCUAAAGCACCAACAGACUGUUUUAACACUGUGGUGUGGCAGCAGACGGCGGUGUGGGGGGCGGAGGGCGGGGCGAGGCACGUGGCCAGCGCGCGGCUGCCGCUGGCCACGCCCCACGUGCUGCUGGCCACGCCCACCUCGCUGCACCUCCUCAACAGGGACAACCAGCACUACAUGUGUACUCGUGUUGUCGACACCGGUCUCGAUUCGGACAGCUCAACACCGGCUAAGAAAACUAAAUACGGAGAAUUUGUGUCGUGGGAGGGCUCUGUGCGCGCGAGCCUGUCGUGCGUGGACGUGUCGCAGCUGGGCGCGGUGUGCGCCGCAAUCGACACGCACUCGCAGCUCUACCUAUUCAAACUGUCGCCCGCCGCUGAUAUACCCACUACCCUGUCGGUGCAGCACACUACCCUGCUGCUGGAAUACGCGAUGGUGUCAGGGUACGAUUGCAGCGACGUGCUGAUGACUUUGAAAAGCAACAUAGUGGAAGCUGUAUAUGACAGACUGACGGAGAACUUCCAGCGCCAGCCGCAGACAUUCCAGCAGUAUUACUACCACAGCUGGCUCAAGCUGAGAAUAGCGCUCUGCGGGCUGGUGAGCGGGCUGUGCGGCAGCGGCGCGGCGCUGUGCUCGCAGCAGCUGGCGCUGGCGGGCUGGGCGGCGGUGUGCGCGGCGCUGCGCCCCGACGACAAGACGGAGCCCGCGCUCGCCUCGCUCGCCGUGCACACCGCGCUCGCCUACAUGCCUGACGAACAUGACGAAAAGAACCUGGUAGCCCUGGAGGCGAAGGCGGAGUCGCUGUGGGAGGGCGUGGUGGGCGCGGCGGGGCCCAACAGCACGUGGAGCAUGCUGUGCGGCGUGCAGCCGCUGGGCCGCCCCAUGCUGCGCGCGCAGCACGCCGGGCUCACCGCGCUCGCCGCGUUCGCCGCGCUGCCCGCGCCGCACCACCUGCACCACGCCUACAGUUCGGAUGUAUGGUGUGAGGCGGCGGGCGUGGCGGUGCUGCGCAAGUUACUAGUGAUAUCGCGCGCGUGCGGCCGCGGCGGGGACGCCGUCAGCCGCCUGCUGGCGCGCCUCGCCGCGCUCGGGGGAGCGGCCCCCAAGCCCGACUUCAUCGAGGAGUGCGCGACGCUGACGGCGCUGCAGCCGGCACGCGUGUGGGACUCACUGCCGCGCUGCGCAGUCAGCGCACCACACGGACAGCCCUGGCCGCUACUAUUGGAGUACAGCACAGUGCCGGAGACGCUGCGCUACGUUCCGGAGCCGCCGGCGUAUGCGCAGUGCGACGGCACGCCUUCGCUCGCUAUGGACUCUAUAAGGUAUAUGUACCUGGGCGGGGGACGGCACGCGGCGCGCUGGCGGCACUGCGGGCGCUGCGGCGCGCGAUCUUUGCCCGCUAUGCUGCCCGCGCCGCUGCCCGCAAGGAAUUCCCAGCAACGUGCCUACGACGGACGAUAUCUUGCCGCUUGCCGAUGUGGUGGGAAGUGGACGCUGUACUCGAAUACUUGACGUUUCUUUUUUUUCGUUAAUACAUCUAUAUCUUCUCUACCAUAAUGUUGCGGAAAUGCACCAUACUUAGUUGUAUAGGAUGUCAACAAUCACAUGUUUUUGAAUAAUUCCCUUUUUAAUAAAAAGCCCUAAACUUAUGACUCGCUUUACGCUAUAUCUUUUCACGCUAUCAAACUUAGGAUUUUCUAAAAUUGGAAAAACGAUCAUGCUGGAAAGGGACAGAAAAACGCCAAUAGCAGCAGAGAAGCAAGGCAGCCAUGGUUACUCAGGACAAAAUUGUAGUCAAUGUCAAGGACCUUCGCUGUCAUUCACGCAUUUGAAUUUAUACAUUUGCAAGUGAAAUUUUUACGAAAUGUAAACAAUAAAAUACAGUUUUUAAAAUGUAAUGCGGAUGAAGCCGCAAGAACACAGUUAGUUGUAUAUAUAUUUAAAUAUGUUAGUCAUAAGUACUUAGCCUUUAUUCAGUGUUGCCAAAUAAAUCGAUUCAGUGAAUAUGUUUGCUAAGAAAAUGAAUGUGGAGUCUUGUUAUUAAAUGUUUUGAAUUCA